AUGGAGAAACCCUCAUAUAAGUUGGUCGGAGCUCCUUGCGGUCAACAUGGACAGUAUACCUUUUACAAGGCGAUCAGACUCACAGGGCCUAGGGAAAGAAUUGUGGCGAUAGGCGAUUUCUUCUUCGUCAGAAUAUGGCAGGACUCCGAAUUAGUGUCAAUUGGUGAACUACAAUUACUGUGGACGGACAGAGUGUCAGAUCAGACGCUUGUAUCGCUUAGACUAUACUUUCUCCCGGAAAAUACGCCUGAUGGGCGAAAUUUGCAUGGCGAGGAUGAAGUCCUAGCCAUUAACGACAAGGUUGUUCUUAAAGCAGAGGACCUUCUCAGUUGGGUGUGCAAUGGGGCUGGAUGGAGAUGGGGUCUCAGGGCAGUGUGGAGAGGAGCCUGUGCGCCCCCAUCAGACCCUCGGCUGACCGCUCCUCUGCAUCACACGAAACUGGACUUCAGUGAUGUGGAAAGAGAGAAAAGUGCUAUAACGGUAGACGUAGACGAUCCAGGUGUGGUGGUCUUCUCAUAUCCUCGAUACUGCCGUUAUCGGGCGUUGGUGGCUCGGCUCGAGGGCAUUCAGGCUGAUUGGUUGAGGGAUUCCCUGGUAGCAGCUUUGGGGGGGUAUGCAGCCCCCACCAGAAAUACGAGGAUAUUGUACUGUAAGGACACCUUCGAAUACCCAGAACUUGAAGGUCAUGAGUUCGUCUGUAACCAUCUAGCCCCUAAACUGAAGGGGAGGCCCCGAGGCCGGCGGCGCAGGACUGCGCGGUCCCGGGAUAGGUCUGCGGAUAGAUCCCCGGACUCGCGCUCGAGUGACAGUGACAGGAACACCCCUGAUAUUAAGACCCCAAGAAGACUAUCCCUCCGAAACGGCGCAGAGAAGCAAAGCGAAGAAGAGGAAGAAGUAGAGAAGAAUCCAGAAGAAUUAGCCAAGGAUGAAGCCUUUUUGGGGCAACUUAGAGAAUUUUUAAAGCACAAAACUGAUAUCAAAAUAUCGCAUAGUAUUAAAAAUGUGUCGCUGCGGUCGCUGUACGCGUGGGUGACGGCGGCGGGCGGGUACGGCGCGUGCCGCGAGCAGCUGUGGCGGCGGCGCUACGGCGAGCGCGCGCCGCGCCUGCGACAAGUGUACGAGCGAUAUCUCCUCCAAUACGAAAACCAUGAAUGGUGGAAAGGAAAAAAGUAUUCCAAAUUAGCAAAUGGAAAGCUCGAAGAACCAAAGACAAUAGAUACCAUAGACGUGACAGACUCCCCAAUAAGGGAUCUAGACACGAAAUCCGAACUACCAGAGAAGAGACUCCGAACUCCAUCCCCAAAACUUGAAAAUUCCGACAAAUCGGAAGUUUCGGAAAAACUCGGAAAUCCGGAUAAAAUCGGAAAUCCGGAUAAAAUCGGAAAUCCGGAUAAAUUGGUAUUAGAUAACGAAACCGGUGAAUUGACAAAAGAAGAAUUGAACAUAACUUCUAAACCCGCAGAAGAGUUAAAUAGAGAGUUUUUAGAAUCCUUGAAAAAUCCAGAAGAAGAGAAGGCUGCGAAGAUUUUCGUGAAACCAGUAGAGAAAUUGAUAGAGCCUAGUUUGGGGAAAAUGGAGAGUGAGUUGACGGAAUCCAAAAAUGAGGGCGGUUCGGUGUUUUUGAAUGAAUUAGCACAUAAAUUAAAUUUAGGCAAUUCCGACACACGUUUCCUCCACCACCUCUCUCAGAAACAGACAGACAGUCUCUCCAGCCUUUCUUCUCUCCAGGAUAAAUACACCAACGGACAUACAUCUGACCCUCAAAAGGCGCGCCCCGCCGGCCGCAGCUCGCUGCGCGCGGUGCGCGUGAAGCCCGCGCGCCCCGUCUCCGCCUCCGCCACGCCCGCGCCCGUCCCGCCUCGGGCAGACUCAUCUUCCUCACCACCCACUAUCAACAACUUCGGGAUCCAUCACCCGCCACACAACAACCAUAGCGACGAUGAAAUCGUAGAGGUUCCCUACAAACCAAAAAGUCCGGAAAUAAUCGAUCUCGAUGAAUAUCCGGAAAGUCCACAAGGCAUUAAGAAGAAGAAGCUAGAAAUUCUCAAAGAAAGGGGCCUCGAAGUAACCGCGGUGCCCCCCGGCCCCGUCUGGCCACAUCCCCCUAUGAACCCCUUAAUAACCCCUAGCCCUAUCAUCCUUAACCCUACAAUUCAACACCAAAUCAUGACUCAGGCACAAAUAUUCCAAAUGUAUAAUAUUAUCCCACCGACUUAUCCCAAUGGUGUUCAAGCCCCCAAAGUUAUUCAAGCUUCAAGUGCUUUCGGCAAUUCUGGCCCCGAGAAAACCGUCUACGGUAAUCCUAAGGACCCCUUCAUGCCAACCCUUCAUGUAUUGCAAGGGACCCCUAUCAAACCCCAAAGAAGUAUCCAAACCCCUCCCUCGACCCCUCAAGAUAUAUUGGACUUAACCUGCAAGACUCAAACGACUCCUAUACAAAAACCUGCUGUUGAAAUAGUUAGAAUACCCCCCGCACCCUCGCCGUCCAAAACCCCCAACACGCCUCAGAACCUAAGCAAAAACUAUACUCUUCUUGACGGCAAAGCUGUAGUUGGUUCAAAUCUAGAAAUAACAUUAGUAAACGCUAAAUCCCAAACACCCCCAAAGAGACCCCCACAAAAACGCUCCUCAAACGGCAAAUUUAUCUCUGCAAAAACCCCGACACCCCCAAAAGAUUACCCCAAACAGUUCCCGUCCCCCAAAAAGCCCUCAAUAGUCGUUCCGAACUACCAGAUCUCAAAUAGAGAAGAAUCCCCAACUAGUUCAAAAGACCCCAACGCAUUUAAGGGUUCAAACUUAACUCAGAUGAUGGAAAUGCAAAAAUCGGUACCUAGUUUGAACCCUUUUAUGGACCCCUUGUAUAUGAAUGCGUUUUAUAAUAGUCUGGGUCCAAUGGACCAACGUCAAUUGGCAAUGUACAGGGACCUUAUGACCAACCAGUUCAGGGGUUAUAGUGGGUUAUUAAACAUAGGGACACCGACAACGAAAAAU